AUGACAUUAAAAUUAGAUAUUUUACAACAACCCUUAAGAAGGCAAACAAGCAAUAAUAUACUAUUUGGCUCAUUAGAAGAUGAAUCGCCAAACUCAUCAAUAUCAUAUUCACCAUCGUCAACAUCAUCAUCACCAUCACCAAUGAACGAUAGUACAGAUUCAAUUAAUAGUAACUCCAGUAUUAGCAGUAAUAAUAGCAACGAUAACAAUGCUUAUAACUAUAGCGAUUUAUUAAAAACACCAUCCCACUUUUUUUCACCUGCAACUGGUAAAAUGAAUCAUAAUAAUAAUAAAAAAUAUAAUAAUAGAAAUAUUACAAAAAAUAAUGUUAAUUUAAAUUAUCUCAGUGAUGAAGAAACUAGCGAUAAUGAAGAAAAUGAUAGCUAUGACGAUGAACCAGUUGACAUCGAUCUAUCAGUUUUAAAUUUAAAUUUUAAUAAAAUCAUAAAAGAUUCAGUUAACCACAAUAAUAAUAAUAAUAAUAAUAAUAAUAACAAUAAAAAUAAUAAUAUAAAUAUAAUAAAUGAAAAUGAUAAUAACAAUAUAAACAACAUAAAUAAAUUUUCAAUAAACAAUAAUUUAAAAAAAGCAGGUGGUAAAAAUGGAAAUGUAUUUUUUAUAAAUAACAAAAUAAAGAAUAAAAAUGAAAACAAUAACAUAAACGAUAUUAAAAAUAGCAAUAAUGACAAUAAUAAUGAUAAUGAAAAUAAUAAUUCUGAUAGUAAUAAUAAUAUUAAUAGUAAUAAUAAACAUAAUGAAAUAUUUGCUGUCAAACAACAAAUUAUAUCAACACCACAUAAUAAACUCAGUCAAUCAUACAGAGAAAAAAUAAUAUUAGAUCAUUUAAAGAAAUUAAUUUUAUCAAAGAAAACUUGUAAUUUUGUUGAACUAGUUAAUUGGUAUAAAGCAAAAGCAUCAAAUAAAUCAACAAUGGCUAAUUUAAACUCUUCGACAUCAAAUCAAGAAAUAAAUGAUAUAAAUAAAUAUAAAGAUCAAUAUAUGCAUUUUAUUUUAGAAUAUGCAGAUUUAAAAAGUUUUUCCGAGUAUAAAAUCAACAAAGAAUUCAAACUUUGUCAAGUUAAAUCUCUCUUGUUUCAAAUUACCUAUGCAUUGGCCAUCACCCAAAAAGAAUUUGAAUUUGUGCAUAAUGAUUUACAUUUUGGUAACAUUUUAUUAAAAUCAUUUCCAACUGGUAAAAAAUAUAUAGUAUAUCAAGACAAAUGUGAAAAUCCUAUCGAAGGCGAUGAAGCAACUAUACCUACCGAAGGAGACGGCUAUAUUUUGAAGAAUGGCACAUUUAAGAAAUAUCAUCAUUGGGUUGUAAGUGAUUGGAUUGUUAAAAUUUCAGAUUUUGGUCUUAGUAGAAUUAAAAUACCAUCAACCGACGAAGUGAUUUUCAAUCAAAGAAACAAAUCCUCAAAACAUUUCUUCUUCCACCAUGAUCUCAGUUGUCUUAGUAAUCUAUUGGCUCAAAUUAAAAUUUCAGAUCUCUCAAACCCAGAUAAUUCAAAUGAAAAAAAACUAUAUCAAAGCUUUAAAAAGAAAAUGCAUUCUCUUCCUCCAUAUCUCCUAUUAGAGCAUCCUUUCUUUUAUUCUCUUAAAGUUUGCCCAUCUGAUUGCUCAAUAGAAAACUCAAUUAGAAUCUCAACUGAUGGUUUUAUACCCGAAGAAUUUCCAAUUCCAAACCAAAAAUAUUUAUUAGUAAAUAGUGAUCAAUUUAUUAAUCAGAAAACCAAUAACCAAUUAAUUAAUAAUAGUAAUUCAAAUAAUAAUAUCAAUAAUAAUAAUAUGAAUAAUUACCAAACUCCAAAAAAAAAUUUAAAAAAUAGUAAUACCAAAACACCAGUUAAACAAGUGGCAUUUGCACCACCAAAAGAAUCACCAAAACUAACAACUCAAAAACGUGUUCAUUCAAACCAAUCACAUACACCAAUUAAAACCCUUCCAAAUCAAUUCAAAAACACUUCAAAAAAUCCUAGAGGCUCAAAAAGAACAAAUAAAAAGUAUAAAAAUGAAGAAAAUGAAAGUUCUGAUGAAGGUGAUUUUGACUAUGAUGAUGAUGCUGAUAGCGAAAUCUACGACUCAUCAAUCAAACCAACCGAAGAAGAUUUCUUUAGCUCUUUACUCUCUGUAUCUAAAGAAUCAACUGAAUUUGAUGUUACCAAAUCUCAAAAAUAUACUUUGUUUGAUAAUUUUAUUCAAAAACAAGCUCAAAUUCAACAACAACAACAACAACAACAACAACAACAACAACAACAACAGAAAAUACAAGAACAACAGAAAAUACAAGAACAACAGAAAAUACAAGAGCUACAGAAAAUGCAAGAACAACAGAAAAUACAAGAACAACAGAAAAUACAACAAAAUCAAACUCAAAAACAAAAACAAAAUCAAAUCCAAAAUCAAAAUCAAAAUCAAAUGCAACAACAACAAACACAACUUAAGCCAGCAGCAAAAUCUAAACUUGGUUUUAAUAAAGAAAAAAUUUUAUCACGUUUACAAUCCUCAACUACACAGAAUAAUGAUAACUCUGCACCAAAAACUUCAUCAUUAAAUACAACAGAUACAGUGAUUUUAAAUGAAAAACCUACAAUCGAAUUACUUCCACCACCUCUUUUACCUGUAGAAAAAAUACCGCAAAAUAUUGAAAUCUCAAGUCCAUCACCAAAGAAACCAACAAGAGGAAGAAAGAAAAAGGUAAUAACAGAACCAGAAACAAUCUUACCAGAUCAACCAAUUGAAGCUGCUAAACCUCAGGAUCCAAUCUCCAUUGAACCGCUAGAUCCAAUCACUGCCAAACCACAAGACCCAAUCACUGCCGAACCACAAGAUCCAAUCACUGCCGAACCACAAGAUCCAAUCACUAUUGAACCCCAACCACCAAUUAAACAAAAUUCAACUUUUAAAGAGGAAAAAGAAACUGUAAAUUUACCAACCAAACCUUCAAAACUGAAUGUCAAAUUAAAUCGUUAUGAUAGAGAACUUUUAGAAAUGAAAAAUAAUAUUGAAUCCUCAAAACCAAGAAGGAAAUAAAUUACUCCACUUUUAUAAACAAAACUUUUAAUAAAAUAAUUUUAAAACUAAAAUAAAUAAUCAUCUAUUAUUUGUAAAAUUAAAAAUAAAAGUAAUAUCAAAUAAGUAUCAACCUUAUUAAAU